AUGGCCUGGGGAGAUGGCGGCAUCGCAGACCCUCGUAUAUCACAUCAGAAAUUUCCUGAUCAUAUUCAAACGCACUUAUGGAAAAUUGCAGCUGCGCUUAAGACUGUUCGAAUGUACAAUGGAGCUUUUUCUGGCACAGCAAAUUCUGCAUCAACUUAUAACUUCACCAUGUUUAAAGAAAUGAAUGUGACUGCAUGUGUGCCUUUACCAUAUUUGUUUCUGAUAGGGAAUUUUAGCUUUGAUAAUGGAAUUAACUGUGCCAAAUGUCGACUAUACUCUUGUGUUAAUAGUUCUAUAGAAUUUAAGCCAGAAUAUCCUUUUAUGAUUUUGCAACAACGUUCUCAUAUUUGGCUUCCGGUAAAUUUACAACGACCGUGGGCGCAAAAUCCCGUAGACGCCUUAGUUUUAGAAUUUUUCAAAAAGAUGCUGAAACGCACAAAACGUCUUGUUGGCAUUGUGGUGGCCAUUAUUUUAAGUCUAAUCACAGUUACCACGUUAGCCGCGGUGUCAGGUAUUGCAUUACAUACAUCUUUACAAACUAAACACUUUGUGGAAAAUUGGCACUGUGACUCUCGAGAUCUUUGGCUUUCACAAACUAUGAUUGAUACUCGCUUACAAACACAAAUAGAUGUCCUGAGACAGACUGUGAGUUGGUUAGGAAAGAAGGUCUUGACGCUAGAGAGGCAAAUUUGGCUGCAUUGCGAUUGGAAUUCCACAACCUUUUGUGUUACCAAUUUAAGAUACAAUGAGUCACAGCAUGAUUGGAGCAUCAUCCAAAGAUACUUAGAAGGUAACUCGUCAGCGACUGACAUGAUUAAUAAUUUACAUACAAAUAUUCAGGAAAUGUUUGGUAGACCAUUUGAGACUGAAGAUGCUGCCACGUUGGCCGAUUUAUUCCUUAAACAACUUGAGGGACUGGAUCCUAAAGGUAUUAUUCAGAGUUUGGGGCACACUGCAGGAGGAAUGGGGUUCGUUCUACUGGUUAUUAUCUUAUGCUUCAUGCUGUUACAUUUUUGCUAUUUAAAGCCAUCACAGAAUUCUAUGGCCACCCUCUGGAAGGCAAUUUUAUUAAAACAAAAGAAAAAGGAGGGAAUUGAAAUGGUAUAG